AUGGGAGCACCAGUGCUCCUCUUAGCCCUGACCCUAUUCCCAGUCGCAGCUGCAGCGAGCCUGGAACCUCACUAUAUGGUAGUGUUCCCUGCUGUCAUGCACCAUUCCCGAGAGGAGAAGCUCUGCAUUCACCUCAGCUCCCUGCCUGAGGCCGUCCACCUCUCUGUUACCUUGGAGGCGACAACCCAGAAUCACACACUGGUGAAACAGGACGUGGAGAAGCCAGGCACUUUUCAGUGCAUCCCCUUCCAGGUACCUGAGUUCAUUCCCGGGAAAAGAGAUGACUCCACAUCACAUCCAGAGAAGGUGGUUUUUCUGUAUGUCCUGAUUCACAGCGGGGACAAUGUGCUCUUUGAGGGUCGCAAGAAGGUUCUAGUCAAGCCCCAGAAGAAUGUAAUUCUGGUAGAGACCGACAAGGGCUUAUACAAACCUGGAGAAACAGUGCAAUUUCGAAUUGUGAACCUUGACGAGGACCUUAAGGUCAUUAAAAAAGAAUAUUCCCAGAUAUGGCUGCAGGAUCCUGAAAAUAACCGUAUUGCUGAAUGGCUGGAUGUAAAGUCAAGACAUGGCAUUGUGGAUCUAUCCUUCCCCCUGGCCUCUGAAGCACACCUUGGGGAUUAUACCAUCUCAGUGCAACAAGACAUGGCUAAAAAAACCUUCACUGUUGCUGAAUAUGUGCUGACAAAAUUUGAACUAGAUAUUGAGCACCCUCCAUUUAUCACUACAGUGGAUGAGGAAUUUCAGCUGAAGGCCUGUGGCAAGUAUACCUAUGGGAAGCCUGUUCAAGGGAAAAUAGAUAUUGCUUUUAUCACAUUAUCAGAGUUGUUGGAAGGCAAUUUAACAACUUCUACUGAGACAAGGAAGCAAAGCAGCCAGACAAACAAGAAUGGCUGCGCUACUUUUACAGUGAAGACAGAGACCCUGGAAGCUGACAGCUACAUAGCUGUGGUGGGACAAAUGGUGGAAGAUGGAACAGGAGCAAAUACUGUGGAGAAGGCUGUAAUUCCUAUUGCGUCGAGAACGAAGUCUAUAGAGUUUAUCAACCUCCAUUUAUUCUACAAACGUGGACUACCAUACACAGGGAAGAUGUUCUGCCACAGUGGCAAUUCUCCCCUCAGAAAUGAAACAGUCUACCUAACAGUUGACAUCAAUAAUGAGGAGACACACCUGUCAUUCCUCACAGAUGAGAAUGGGGAAGUCCACUUCUCGCUGGAUACCACCAGCUGGAACAGCACACUGGUUUCUCUGAAGGGUACCUACAAUCUUGGAAAUGAUGAUAAUCAGGAUUCUUCUGAAAGUCACACAGAAGUUGAGGAUAGCUUCCACUGGCUGAAACUUUUCUACUCCGAGAGCAACAGCUUCCUUGAGAUCAAGGCCAGGGAUGAUGUGAUACCCUGUGAUCAAGAGCAGGAAGUGCAGGUGGAUUAUAUCCUUGACGGGAACAAACUCAGCUCUGAAGGAGACCACAUUGAUUUCUACUACUUGGUGAUAUCAAAAGGCAAGAUCCUUUCCAGUGGAGAGAAGCAGGUGCCUGUUCUCCAGCACGAGAAUCUGCAGGGCUCCUUCUCAUUGACGCUGACAAUUGGCAAUGACUUCCUGCCUGACAUCAAGCUUCUAGUGUAUGCGGUCUUCUUGGAUGGAGAGGUGGUGGCUGAUGCGGAAGAGUUUCAAGUAGAAAAGUGCUUUAGACACAAGGUGGUACUAGACUUCUCACGGAAGGAGGAAGUCCCAGGGUCAAGGGUCAGUUUGGACCUCAAGGCAGCUCCAGGGUCCCUGUGCUCCGUCCAAGCUGUUGAUAAGAGUGUUCUCCUGAAGACCAACAAUACUCUAACAGCAAACUCACUGUAUGAGGAGGUCUUUGAUGACAGCUUUACGAUUGGAGGACGAGGGUUCCCUUAUCACCUGGAAGACUUUGAGGCAUAUCCUUGUCUGCCCCAGCAGUCCAGUCUCAACAAAAAGACUCAGAUGGGAGGACCAUGGUACCAAAGUGAUGCUGACGUCUUUAAUCUGUUUAAGAAUUUGCGCAUGAAGGUAUUAACUAAUACUAGAAUCAAGAAACCAGUCUCCUGCGUACGACCAGACUUUGAGAAGAAGAUGUAUUCUGGAAAAGACAAUGUUGUUGAAUAUCACGUCAGCCAUGGUGAUUCUGCAGCUCCCUCUGAUAACACAAAGAAGCCAAAACCACGGACUUAUUUCCCAGAGACUUGGAUUUGGGAUUUGGUCUCCAUUGGGGAUGAGGGGAAAGCGUCUCUCCAAGUUGCUGUACCUGACACCAUCACAGAAUGGAAUGCCAACACCUUCUGUGUUGCCGAUACUGGCUUUGGGUUAUCUCCUCUGGCCACUCUCAGGGUCUUCCAGCCGUUCUUUGUAGAUCUGUCACUGCCGUACUCUGUGAUCCAAGGAGAGACUUUCCACCUAAAAGCCACUGUCUUCAACUACCUCAAGGACUGUAUCCAGGUGCGCACCACCCUCACAGAGACCCCAGAACUAAAGGUGGAUGCCUGUCCAGGCUGCCAGUUCACCAGCUGCCUCUGCGCCAACGAAGCAAAAACCUUCAAGUGGAACGUGACAGGCACCAGGCUGGGCAAAGUGAACAUCACCGUGAGCAGCGUGGCCGAAGAUUCACACGAUCUCUGUGGUAACAAGAUUGCUGUGACACCUUUGCAAGGACAGAGAGACAUAGUGACAAAACCUCUGCUUGUGAAGCCAGGAGGUGUCCUACAAGAGAAGACCCAAAAUGCCUUUCUCUGUGCUGCAGAUAACACCGUCUCUGAAGAGUUCUCCCUGACGCUUCCUGCAGAAGUGCUGGAGGGAUCUGGCCGAGCCACUUUCUCUGUGAUUGGGGACAUCGUGGGCCCAGCCCUUCAAAAUUUAGACCAGCUGCUAGAGAUGCCCUUUGGCUGCGGUGAACAGAACAUGGUUCAGUUCGCACCCAACAUCUUCAUACUCCAGUGCUUGAAUAAGACUAAACAACUGGACCCAGAAAUUGAAGAUAAAGCACUGAAAUUCCUGAGAACAGGUUACCAGCGUCAGCUGCUCUACAAACAUGAUGAUGGCUCCUACAGUGCCUUUGGGAAAGCUGACAACCAGGGCAACACAUGGCUGACAGCCUUUGUAGCCAGGUCCUUUGGACAAGCCAGCUCUCAUAUUUACAUCAAUAAGGAUCAUGUGCACAACGCUCUGCUCUGGCUGCAGAAGCACCAGCUGCCCAGUGGCUGCUUCCAGAGUGUGGGGAAGCUCUUCAACAAUGAUUUGAAGGGUGGUGUGGACGACACAACCUCAUUAACAGCCUAUAUCACUGCUGCACUGGUGGAGCUCCACCUGGAGAAGAAUGACACCAUGCUGGAUAAUGCCCUCCAUUGCCUCAAGAAUGUAACUCUUCAUAACACAAGCCUUUAUGUCAAGGCCUUGAUGGCUUACGUCUUCACACUGAGCAAGGACAUGGAGAUGAGAGAGCAGCUCCUGAGUAUGCUAGAGAAGGAAACUGCAGAGCUCCUGACAUCACAUUCCAGUAGUGAAGAAUCGUCUUCUUCUGUGAUUGAGACAGUAGCCUACAUUCUCCUGGCUCAUGUCUCCAAACCAGACUUGGCACCCAAUGAAGCCUCAGUGAGCAAGCUUGUGCGCUGGCUCAGUGGACACAGAAAUGCCUUUGGUGGAUUUGCUUCCACACAGGACACCGUUGUUAGCCUACAGGCCCUUGCUCAGUAUGCAGCCCUGAUUCCUCAGGAGACCAGAGAAGUAAAGGUGACAGUGAAAGGCAAGGAGGCUUCUCCAUUGGAGUUCCAUGUGCACAGGAACAACAAAUUGGUCCUGCAUCAGGCAUCUCUGCUUGCAGUUCCGGAAACGUACACAGUGCAGGCAACUGGCAGCGGCUGUGUUUAUGUACAGACCACUUUGUACUAUAACACCCCGCCACCAAAAAAAGAAGAGGUCUUUGUCCUGGAUGUGGAAGCAGUACCAAGAGAGUCUGAUGGUGCCAGGAAACAGCUUGACAUCCAUGUGUCUGUCAGUUACGUAGGGGACCGUGAGACCAGUAACAUGGCCCUGGUGGAGGUGGAGAUGCUGUCAGGGUUCAUUCCUGUGAAGAGCUCUGUGAAAGAGCUGGAGAAGAUAUCCCUGGUUAAAAAGACAGAGAUAAACCCAGACAAAGUCAUAAUCUACUUGGAAGAGCUGGGUGAGACUUCUCUGAAGCUUAACAUCUCAGUGGAACAAGAUAUUGAAGUGCAGAACCUGAAAGCAUCAACAGUGCAUGUCUAUGACUACUAUAAGCCAGAUGACCGCACAGCAAGAGAAUAUGUUUUCCCUCACAGUUCAGAUGCCUCAAAGAAGGGCUCCUACUAG